AUGAUGCAGCAGCAGCAGGUGUUGGAGACGGGGAACGAGGAGGCGGUGAUGGGGACCAACGAGGACGCCAGCGGGUGCAAGAGGUGCGCCGUGGCCCUGGGCUACUGGACCGACCCCUUCAUCACCCACUUCGUCAGGGCCACACACCGCAAGGCCCCAGAGAUCAACCGUGGCUACUUCGCCAGGACCCUUGCUGUCAAGACCCUCGUUGACAGGUUCAUAGAGGUGACUAAUGGUAACUGUCAAAUUGUAAAUAUUGGAGCUGGCUUCGACACCCUCUACUGGAGACUAGUUGAUGAAGGGAAAUCAGUGAAGGGGUUCUUGGAGUUGGACUUCCCUGGUGUGACUUCUCGAAAAUGUCACUACAUCCAACGAUCAAAGCAACUUCUUCAGGCAGUCAGUGAUGAAGAUUAUGAUGUUAAGCUGAACAGAAAUAAUCUCCAUGGCCACACCUACAAGCUGGCUGGAGUUGACUUGAGAAACAUCACAGAGGUGGAGGCCAAGAUUAAGGAAUCUGACCUGGAAUAUUCUUUGCCAACACUGUUUCUGGCCGAGUGUGUCCUGGUGUACAUGAGCAUACACAAGUCCUCACAACUUGUUAAGUGGAUUGCACAAAACUUCAAAUCUGCAUUUUUUAUUAACUACGAGAUGGUAAAUUUAGGUGAUAGAUUUGGUGAAGUGAUGCUGCAUAAUCUGCGUUUACGAGGAUGUGACCUAACCGGUGCAGAGGCGUGUCAGAACACAGAGACACAGAGGAAACGAUUUCUGGAUGCCGGCUGGGCUGGGGCAGACUCCUGCGACAUGUUGGGAAUAUGGGCUCGAUUGCCACCUGAAGAAAUUGCCAGAGUAACUGGGAUUGAGCUGCUGGAUGAACAGGAGCUCCUUCAGCAGCUGUUCAGUCACUAUGCUAUCACCACGGCCUGGACGGACCAUAGGUGGUCUGAUGUCCAACUGUAGCUCUAGCAGAGUUUUAUGCACAUUUCAUUAACAAUGUCACAAUAUUUUGCAUUCGUCUCUGCCUGAUCAAAAUCUCUUGGGUACUCAUUGGUGAUAAACCUUGGCAGCUGCUGAACUGUUGUACACUAUAACAAUAUUGUACAGUUUGGAAAAGAGCGGUAUGAAAUUACAAUUCAUUCUUAAGGUACCAGAUAUAUCACAGGGUUUUGUACAGUUAUGAGAAGGGCAAUAUCUUGUGACAUUUACCUUUCAAAGUUUUAUUUGUUCAUGUUUGAAGUUGGUAUUUUUACUUUCCUACAUUGCAGAAAGUAAUUUGCUGCUCUUAUACUUAUUUUUGACUAUUUAAUAAAUUGUGUACCCUAUAUAUAUAUAUAUAUACCAUGUUAAUCACAGAUGCUUUAAGCGUAAUUGUAAUGAGUUAGCAUAUUCCAUAACCAUAUGACAAUAUGGAACUUGGAGAACUGUAUGUUAAUGGAUGUUAGCAUAUUCCAUAACCAUAUGGGACUUGGAGAACUGUAUGUUAAUGGAUGUUAGUAUAUUCCUUAACCUUAUGACCAUAUGGGGUUCGGAGAACUGUAUGUUAAUGGAUGUCAAAUUUGUUUGAUCUUGUUACAUUGGUCAGAGGUGUACUAAGACAUAGUCUUUGACCAGUUAAGGCCUCUACAGGUUGGCCAAUAUUAAUGUGAGAACUGAAGUUUUUGUCCCACGUUUAUAGUUAAUGCUUUAAGAGGCUGGUUUACUUAAUACUUCAGAAGAUGGAGGGCUGCACGAUGACAGAGAGCAUUUGAAUUUGUUGCUAAAAUUAAUACUGGGGUUAUUUUACCCACUUUUUUAUCUGUGAUAGCUAUAACCACAUCACUUGAUCGAGUGACCAUUCAACAUUUUCCCUAACUGCUACAGCAUAUUUUGUACAUUUUCAAUUAUUUUGUCAAAAAUUAGUUUACACUUACUAAUAAUGUUGACUACAUGAAUUACUAACUUAGCCUAGUUAUGGCUAUGUUAGGCAUUAUUGAGGAAUAGCAUAUUUAGGUUAGGUUUGUUUGCUAAGUUAGUUUUGGUUCAAAUUCAAAAUAAAAUGAUCAGUUCAUUAAAUUAAAUGUGUUUAUAUAUCUACAAGUGAUCAAUUUUUCAGCUAUUUAAUGUUGAGCUCCCUGUCAUGCACAAUACAACAUUAAUAAGUUAUUGCUGACCCUGGAGCUCCCUGUCAUGCACAUUACAACAUUAAUAAGUUAUUGCUGACCCUGGAGCUCCCUGUCAUGCACAUUACAACAUUAAUAAGUUAUUGCUGACCCUGGAGCUCCCUGUCAUGCACAUUACAACAUUAAUAAGUUAUUGCUGACCCUGGAGCUCCCUGUCAUGCACAUUACAACAUUAAUAAGUUAUUGCUGACCCUGGAGCUCCCUGUCAUGCACAUUACAACAUUAAUAAGUUAUUGCUGACCCUGGAGCUCCCUGUCAUGCACAUUACAACAUUAAUAAGUUAUUGCUGACCCUGGAGCUCCCUGUCAUGCACAUUACAACAUUAAUAAGUUAUUGCUGACCCUGGAGCUCCCUGUCAUGCACAUUACAACAUUAAUAAGUUAUUGCUGACCCUGGAGCUCCCUGUCAUGCACAUUACAACAUUAAUAAGUUAUUGCUGACCCUGGAGCUCCCUGUCAUGCACAUUACAACAUUAAUAAGUUAUUGCUGACCCUGUAAUUAUCUUGUCUUCAUCAUAAUGCCGUAUCUUACAGAAAUAAAGUAUUUAAUACUUGUUUAUAAACUAAAUAAAUAUUUUUUGUAUAUUUUUAUUUUUAUUAUUCAUAGUACAUAGUUCCUUAUGUAAAUUUUUUUAAAUUUUAUGAUUUACUUUAAAAAGACAUAAUUUGUAAAUGGAGCUUUGUAAUAAAGACAAUUCUUUGUUGCAAUGUUGGCAUAUCUCUGGCUAUUGAUAUAUAUAUAUACAGUAUUGCCAAUAGUGUCUUGAGUGUUGAAGUGUUGUUGAAUGUAAUCCAGUUUAGCGUAGUGUUAGGAGUCUAAGUUGUUUAUUAUGUGUGAGAGGCUCUCAUAGUGGAGAUAGUUAACUGUACACUGAGUAAUCCUGUAUGGCUCUCUCAGUACAGUACAUCACUCUUAUGUAUUUACCUGACCCUGUGUCUGUAUUCUCUUUAUUCUCAAGUGUAUACGUUUAUUUUCUGUUUCUGCGUAUCUUAACAAAAUAAGUUCAAAAAAUUUCAGAUGGGUGAAUGAUGGUUUGUAUCCAUGGAAGCAGUGUUAAGUUGAUCACCCUCCAGGUGAAGGGGGUGGUGACACAGCGAAGAAAAUAAACAUUUUUAUUUUA